GAAGAAUUCUGCGCCUCUGAGGCCAGAGGAAAUGAAGAUGUCUCAAGUGUUCGUGGAUUUACCUCAAGGUUUUAACUCUGCAGUGGAGGCACUUAAUUCUGUACCACAAGACAUCCUUGUUGAAAUGUGCCAGGAUGUAGCAGCAUUUCUUCAGUACAGAGUUGCACUUCUUCCUGAGGAACAUUAUCAAAAGUGUCUUAAGGAUGCUGGAAUAUCAUAUGAUGCCAAGCUGUUACUCAAUGCCAUUAGCUAUGUAUUCAGGUCUGCUGCUAAGGCCAAGUUACCUUCUGAGAAACUAAUUGCAGAAUUGAAAUCAUCUUUAUGCUGGAAGGAGAAUACUCUUUCAGUUCUUAAACAUGUUUGGAAUGAACAGGGAAAGAUUUUAAGCAGCUCAGACUUAGCACAAACCCUGAAUGUUGGGCAGGUAUCAAAAAAAUGGUGUCAAAGUAAUUCUGUUGGAGUGAGUUCUAGCUCUUGUCGCAGUCUGAAUUCUCCCUACAUCACAGCUUUGGUAACAGUGACAGAUCCCUCUGGGGCAAUCACUUCAAAGUCCUUUGAAAUGACCAUUGGCGAAUUUAAGAAAUUUGCCAGUCAAAUGAGGGAGAUUGCAUCAGUUCUGGAGACGGUCUAACGGAGGAGUUGUAAGAGAAACAUUCGUUUUGUGGAAAUUGUCAGAUGUGUAAAAUACGAUUGGAAAAAAAAAACUCUGUAGGACAAAACCAACUGAACAAGUGUAAAAUACGUUUUAUAGCAAUGAUUUUGUAAGAAAAAUGCGCCUUCAAAAUAUCAAUGAAGUUCAAGACGUUUGAGUUUGAA